AUGACAUUAUUUGGAGCAAAUUUAUGGCCCAGCAAAUAUGAAUCAAUUUGGUUAACUGACGCAGACCACUGUGUGGAUUCGUUUCGCAUGAAAAAAGCUGUUUACUACAUGAAUGUUGUUGAUGAAUUUUCGUAUGAAAAUGCAUUGGUGGUAGAACAGAAGGAUGGUAUUCCUGAAGAUAACCAUUUUUAUUUGUUAUGUGUUAAACCAUCGUCUUAUAACAAAGCCACUUCAAGCAAUAUACGCGUGAAACUGUUGGCAUCUCGGAGUCCUUAUUGGAUGCCUUUUUCACUGCAAGCAAUGGUUCUUAUAAUCUUAUUGAUGUUAAUAAUGAGUGCUCUUUUCUCGGGUCUUAAUUUGUCAUUCACAUCGGUGGCGAUUAGUGAAUUAAAUAUUAUCAGUCGUGUGGGCGAUGCAUAUAAAAGCCGUCUAGCUAAAAAUAUCAUUCCGGUGCGCAAACAUCUCAACUGGCUCAUUUGUACAUUUACAACAGCUAAUGCAAUUAUUAAUUGUGGAUUAUCAUUGCUACUCGAAAACUUUCUUGAAUACAUAAGUGACGGUAGAUUACCAUUUCUUCCGUUAACGCUUGUGACAUGCAUCAUUUCUCUUAUUUUUGGCGAAUUACUUCCAUUGGCGAUAUGUAAUCGAAGAGGUCUACAAAUUGCCAGUAAGACACGCUAUGUCACCUGGUUUACAAUGAUUGUUUUAUCACCUGUUGCUUGGCCAAUUUCGAAGAUUUUAGACAUAGUCCUUGGAUCUCAAGGAUGUGAAGUGUACGAUAGAAGUAAAAUAGAAUUUUUAAUUUUGGAAGCAGCAAGAACAAGUUCUGCAGUUUUCUCAGAGAUUCUAAAGAAUGCAAUCAAUCUACCAAGAAUUCGAGUUGGUAAUGUAAUGACACAAAUUGAUGAAGCAUUUCUCUUAUCAACAACAGAUACUCUCGACAACAAACUGAUUCUUUCGAUAGUAGAAAAAGGCUAUAGCCGUAUACCAGUUUAUGAAGGUUCAAAGAGAAGCAAAGUCAUUGCAGUAUUAAAUGUCAAGGACCUCAUCACUACUGACUUCAAUAAGAGUAUUAUAGUCAUCGAUAUACUUAAAAAAUUGAAUUAUUUAAAACAAGUCCGUUUUGUAUGCGAAGAGAUGCAAGUAAAACCUUUGCUAAACGAAAUGGAAGGACAGAAUUUUGCAUUCGAACCAAAAGGUUACAUAUCACACCUAGCAAUGGUGGUGAAAUAUGACAGUAAAAGUUACAGCCUUGUUGGUCUAAUAACACUUGAUGACAUCAUUGAAGAAAUAUUUGGAGAGAUGAAAUUGAAGCGAUUUAAUUUCAUAUUUUCACACAUCACUAUGGUAGAACAAAUUACUUUGCAUGAUGAAUUAUUUCAAUGGACAAAUCGACGAAUUGGAUUACAUCGGGACCAUGCAACUUUCGACUGGUUACGGUCAGAACCGAAUCCACUAUCACCACUUCAAGAAAUUUAUCGUAUCCAGGAAACACUGGACAAUUAUCCUGGCUUUAAAGACUUUAUCCAAAAAAUUGUCACUCAGGAAUUAUCGUUCAAUAUUCACACAAUGCGUCGGCUUUUCAAUUUAUGCCAAACUCAUAGCUCAUUCGGCAGGAUGAAAAAAUUUACCGUUUAUAAACAGGGAUAUCCAUCCAGGUCAGUAGCUGUGAUGUUAACAGGUGAGGCAUUUUAUGAAGACAUGACAGGUGUUCGUGUCACUGCCACGCCACAUGAAUUAGGUGUCGAGCUUAUCGAACAGAUCUACUUGUUGUGCCUCCACAAGGGCACCUCUGUGGAUCUCAACAAUUUGUAUUUCACGCCACUGAGAACAGUUUAUGUAGAACCGCCAUUUUAUUAUAUUAAGAUCACAGUGCGAGCAGUACUGGAAGCAAUGCAAAUCACAGAAGUGAAUGAAUAUCGACGUGAAGUAAGCGAAGCAAGAAGCAUGAAGGAGAUGAGCAACGCGCAGUUCAGUGAUCUGUCAUCAUUUGGACGAAAGUACAUCAUUUUUUUUUUUUUAAGGACAGCAAUAAAGCAGUCUCCAGCUUAA